UUUUUUCCACGACUUUUCUCGGAGCUGGGAUCCCGCGGCCUGUGCGUUCACACCCGCACUGCACUUUCCCCCUCACUUCCCAAUUCCCAUGGCUGCGCGACCCUAGCCAAGUGCAGUAUUGCUUCUCCCUCCCCUCAACACCUCCCCUGUUUCACUUUCGCUUCGCUUUUGCUCCAGCGCUGUUUCCGUCGCCGAAACGAUGGAGGUGGUAGACCCUCAUGUGGUGGCCGCCGUUCUCUGGCUGGCACAGACCAUCCUGGAGGUCCUCUUCGCCGGCGAGAUGGAGGCGUGGAUUCGCCAGGUUGGGGUCGCCGACGACACCGAGAGGCUCAAGUCCGAGAUCGAGAGGGUGGAGGCGGUGAUCGCUGCCGUGAAGGGGAGGGCGGCCGAGAAUAGGCCGCUGGCCCGGUCGCUCGGUCGCCUCAAGGAGCUGCUCUACGACGCCGAUGACAUGGUCGACGAGCUCGACUACUACAGGCUCCAGCACCAGGUCCAGGGAGGUACGAUUGCUUUGGAUAAUCAGUCUCAAGGAACGGAUGCAACUGGUGGAUCACAACUAGUUGAUGGAUCGAGGGACAACCCUGGCGUACCGAAUAGAAACGACCGGAAGAAACGGUCCAAGGCAUGGGAGGAAUUCAGCAUAACAGAAGACGACGCUGACGGAAAGCCUCUGAAAGCUCAGUGUACUUACUGUCACACGGUGGUUAGAUGCGAGACUACUAAAGGGACAUCAGUUCUGCACAAUCAUCUCAAGAGUGAGAAUUGCAAGAGAAAACGUGCUGCAAUUGAACAAGCGCCAAUACCUUCAAGUGCUGACCUUGGUGCACAAAAUGGCGCCAGCAUUUCGUCUCAUGAUUCAGAUAGGAGAAAACGAAUGAGAAGUGAUGAGGUGUUAGAACAUAACAUUGCAGAAAACACACUCCUCUGGGACAAGGCAGAAAUUUGCAACAGAAUCCAACAAGCGACUCAUCAGUUAGAAAAGGCUAUCAGUGAGGUUCAGAAGCUACAUGGAUCGGGCUCUGUUUCAAGUUGGAAUCUCUGUCAGAAUACAGCUGCAGAUCCAUGCCGAAGAACGUCAAGUCUUGUUCAACGCAAAAUGUACGGGAGAGUUGAUGAGAAGAACUCCAUCAUACAGCAUAUGAGAGGAGACAAGCCUGACAGUGUGAUUGUUCUUCCUAUUGUAGGCAUCGGAGGUAUUGGGAAGACAGCACUCGCUCAAAUCAUAUACAAUGAACCAACUGUGAAAAGCCUGUUUGAUUACAGGAUAUGGAUUUGGGUGUCUAGCAACUUCGACGAAGUGAGACUUACAAUGGAGAUGCUGGACUUUGUUUCUCAUGAAAAGUGUGUAGGUAUAAGCAGCUUGGCUAAACUUCAGGAGAUCUUGGUGACUCAUGUCACAUCAAAGAGGACUCUACUUAUUUUGGAUGAUGUCUGGGACGACAUCGUUGAUUCCCAAUGGAAUAAACUGUUAGCCCCUUUGAGUUCUGACAAUGCGAAGGGUAAUGUGAUUAUUGUGACUACUAGAAAAUUGUCUAUUGCAAAAAGGAUAGGCACAGUCCAACCCAUCGAGUUAGGUAGUUUGCAGAAUGACGAUUUCUGGCUGCUGUUUGAAACAUGUGCAUUUGGUGAUGAAAAUUACAAAGAGCACCCAAGUCUAACGACCAUCGGUCAAGAAAUAGCAGAGAGGUUACAGGGUAACCCAUUAGCAGCAGAAACUACAGGGAUGCUUUUAAGAGAGCAGCUUACAAUUGACCAUUGGAGUAACAUUCUAAAGAAUGAAAAAUGGAAAUCCCUGCAACUCAAUGGAGGCAUCAUGCAUUCUUUGAAACUUAGCUACGAUGAGCUGCCGUACUGUUUACAACAAUGCUUCUCGUAUUGUUCUAUAUUCCCCAAUAAUCAUCAGUUUCUUAGCGAUCAGCUGGUCUGUAUUUGGAUCUCACAGGGAUUUGUGAAAUGUAGCCAUUGGACUAAGAGAUUGGAGGAGAUAGGGCAGAACUAUCUCACUGAUUUGCUGAACUCUGGCUUCUUUAAGCAAGUUGAAACUCUAGAUCCCACUCUAGGUGAUCAAACAUUCUAUGUUAUGCCUCCUCUUAUGCAUGACUUUGCAAGGCUGGUUUCAGGAACUGAAUGUGCAGCUAUAGAUGAUCUAGCAUGCAGAGAAGUACUCCCAACUAUACGUCAUUUGUCAAUUCUAACUGACUCUGCAUACCAUGAAGAUCAACAUGGGAACAUACUUCGUAAUGAGAGGUUUGAAGAAAAAUCGCGACGAGUAGUUAAUUCAAUGAGAAAAUUGAGGACACUGGUCUUAAUUGGGAAGUAUGACGACUUCUUCCUCGAAUCCUUACAAGGCAUAUUCCAGAAUGCACAGAAUCUACGGGUACUGCAAAUUUCUGCAACAUAUGCUAAUUUUGGUUAUUCUGCAUGCAAUUUGGUGAAUUCUACUCAUGUUCGAUAUCUAAAACUAAGGACAAAAGAGGACAAUGAAGUUUUGCCUGAAGCUCUGAGCAAAUUCUACCAUCUUCAAGUAUUAGAUAUAGGCUUGGAUAGAUAUUCUACUGUUCCUAAUAGUAUGAAUAAUCUUAUCAGUCUACGCCAUCUUGUUGCGUCAAAGGCAGUGUACUCUUCAAUCAAUAGCAUUGGUAAAAUGACAACUCUUCAGGAACUACAUGACUUUAAAGUUGAUAAUUGCACCAGCUUUGGGAUAGCACAGCUUCAAUCCAUGAGUGAGCUUGCUCAGCUUGGUGUUUCUCAACUUGAAAAGGUUAUAACUAGAGAGGAGGCAUAUGGAGCAAAUCUGAGAGAGAAAAGUCGCUUGGAAAAGUUGCACUUGUCAUGGGGGACUCUGUCACUCGAUGAAUAUUUAAUAAACAUGACCUCUGAGCCUUCUUUCCAGGUAGUACAAAAAGGGACACACAAAGAAGUGCUUGAGGGUCUUGAACCACAUCAGAACCUAAAGCAUCUUCAGAUUUGUGGUUAUGGGAGUACUACCUCUCCAGAGUGGCUUGUUAGAAGUGUCUCAGUUACCUGUUUGCAGACACUUCAUUUAGAGGAUUGUAGAGAAUUACAAGUACUUCCCUCACUAGAAAGGCUUCCACUCCUUACUAAGCUGAAGUUAAGAAAUAUGCGGAAAGUAAGGCAAGUAACAGUUCCUUCAUUGGAGGAGCUGGUGUUGACUGAGAUGCCAGAGCUGGAGGGUUGCUCCUGCAAUUCUGUGAGGGACUUGAACUCGAGCUUAAGAGUGCUGACCAUUGCGAGAUGUGGUGCAUUGAAGGUAUUUCCUCUGUUUGAGAGCUGUGCAAAAAUCAUAAUUGAGCAAAAGUCAUGGUUGUCCGGUCUUAGCGAGCUUACCAUCCGUCUCUGUCCUAAUUUAACAGUAUCACAUGCUCUACCACCUUCAAGUCGUGUCUGUAGACUAUCCAUCGCAGGAGUUUCAACACUUCCAGAGAUGAACGGAUCAACCAACGGAGAAUUGAUAAUUAGGGGGUAUGGUUACUGUGGAUGGGAUAUUUUUUCCGGAAGUCAUGAUAAGCCAACAAAACUGGACGACAAUUUUUCGUCAUUCCAUCAUCUCAGGGCCAUAACUAGCUUGCUACUAGUUAGUUGCCUGGACCUUUUCUCUCCAGAUGUUCUGUCAGAGCAUGCACGUGAAGACAUGGCAGACGCGAACUUCGAUGCCCUCCCAUCUCUCAAGCAUCUCCAGAUUCGUUUAUGUGGAGUAACUGGGAAGUGGCUAUCUGUGAUGCUGCAACAUGCACCGGCCCUAGAGGAAUUGAUAUUGGUGGAUUGUAACCAGAUAUCAUGGCUGUUGAUGGAAGAGACAGAGAGCCGUUCAUUAAAACACACCUCGACUCCACGGGCUUCAUCGACAAGCUCAACACCAGAGGGACUCCUGCGCAUUCCGUCAAAUCUCAUCCCGUCUCUCAAGAAAUUGAUUAUUUCGUUGUGCGGUGAGCUAACAUUUCAGGGGGACAAGGAUGGCUUCUCUCGAUUCACCUCCCUUGAGGAGCUAAGGAUUACGGGAUGCCCUAAGCUGAUCCCAUCUUUGGUGCACAAAUACGAAAACAAUGAUCAGCGAAACGGAAGAUGGCUUCUCCCGCUUUCACUUGUUAAACUUGAGAUUGACAAUUCCCCAGAAACGCUGCAGCCCUGCUUCCUAGAAGAUGGCAACUGCUUCAAAAAGUUAAAAAUAGACUGGAGCCCAAAUUUGGAAUUGCUACAGCUGCGUUCCUGCGCUGCACUGGAGGAAUUGGUGGUUGAUCGUUGUCAAUCGCUCGCUGCACUGGAGGGGAAUUUCACCUGCCUCAAGGAAUUAGUGCUGCACUACAACUCAGGGUUGGAGUCGCUACAGCUGUAUUCCUGUACAGCACUGGAAGGCUUGACAAUCCAAUAUUGUGGAUCACUCACCGCACUGGAGGGGAAUUUCACGUGCCUCAAGAAAUUAGUGCUGAGCGACAACUCAGGGUUGGAGUCGCUACAGCUGUAUUCCUGUACAGCACUGGAAGGCUUGACAAUCCAAUAUUGUGGAUCACACACCGCACUGGAGGGGAAUUUCACGUGCCUCAAGAAAUUAGUGCUGAGCGACAACUCAGGGUUGGAGUCACUACAGCUGUAUUCCUGUACAGCACUGGAAGACUUGACGAUCCAAGAUUGUGGAUCACUCACCACGCUAGAGGGGAAUUUCACCAGCCUCCGGAAAUUAAAACUGCAGGGCAACCCAAGGCUGAAAUCGGUACGGCUGCGUUCCUGCACAGCACUGGAAGAAUUGGUGAUUGAGAAUUGUGAAUCGCUUGCCGCGGCCGCGCUAGAGGACUUGUCCCUCAGAGGUCUCAGGUAUUUGCGCGUAUUCGGCUGCCCUAGCUUAUCUCAUUAUCUAGAGGGCCUGUCAAGUCAGGGGCGCGAUCAGCUGUGCGCUGAACUGGAAAUUGGUUAGCAGAUACCGUUGAAAGGUGGUUUUUCCCCAAACCACUACAAAAUAUGAUAUUUUUGUUGAAAAACUCUACUCAACUGGUAAUUUGCUGCAAAUUUGCUGCAGAACACUGAACGCAUUAUAAUAUUGUAUUUUAACAGAAAACUACAGGAAUUGACCUUCCUACCCCUGCCAGUCUUUUACCGGCACUGCACCCGGCUCCAAGCGGCCGAGUUUGCCGCCGGAGCACCGCCGCCCGCUCUGUCUUCUCCAACCACGGCAGGCCGAGCCAUCCUCCCCCUCGCCUCUCGCGUCCGCCUGACGGCCGAAGCCCCUCCUUCCUACGCCUAGACUCGAGCUGCAUGAGCGAGAGCACCGGCCAUGGUGACCAGGCCAGUCCGCCCCUCCCUCGCGUGCCACGCAGGGCCCGCCCCGCAGGCUAGCCCGUCCGCCCCUUCCUCGCACGCCGGAUAGGAAGCGCCGGCCAAGCCGUAGGCCGCCCUGUCCGCCCCUCGCUCGCGCCUCGGGCAGGGAGCUCCGGCCACGCUGCAGGCGGCCGGCCCGUCCGCCCCUCCCUCGCGCGCCGGCUAAGCCGCCGGCAGCCCGCCCGUCCGCCCCUCCCUCGCGCGCCGGCCAAGCCACCGGCGGCCAGCCCGUCCGCCCCUCGCUCGCACGGCGGAGCGGCCAAGCCGCAGGUGGCCGACCCGUCCACCCCUCCCUCGCCCGUCGUCUUUCUCCUCCGCGGGCGGUGGCUGCGAGCGGUCUGCGUCGCUUGCCUUGCUAUCGAUUCAUGGGCAUGGCGGCUUCGCAUCGCGGGAAUGACGGGGGGCAACGGCUAGUGGGUCGAGCGCCCGGGCGAGCCGCUGCGCGCCUGCGCCGGAGUGACGCGCCUGCACUCCGCGGGAGGGGAGGAGAAGGCCUCUGUGGGGCUGCGCGCCGGGGAGGCCAGCCGCCGGCGUGGCCGCCGUGUCCGAUCCGAGGCCGGUAGCUCCACCCGCAGGAGCUGCUCUCCCUCGCCGGAGCUGAGGAAGACGACCCGGAACGCCCAGGAACACGAACACACGCGAACACUUGGAACUCCGAGAGUUUUGCGAUUCUGCGAAGGAAGUGACGAGAUUAACUGGUGAGCAAGAGAGUGCGCUCCAGCUCCUCACGUCCCUGCAGGAGCUCCGAUUUGAG